AUGUUAUUCUCAGAUAAUGCGAAUCAAUCGUGUAUUUUACAACGUCAUGAAAUGCAUAAAAAUGAAUGUUCAUUCAAACGACUGAAAAAUCUCUGGAAACAACAAUUCGAUCAAUUCAUCUUGCCUGUGUUAGCAAGACGUAUUUGUGAUAUAAAUAAUAUUAAAUAUACGGAAGAAGAAAUUACAACUCAGAAGAAAAAUGAAAACCAUGAAAUGACUCCUAAUUUAGAGCAACUUCCAAAAUAUCAGUUUGAAUCAAUUAGUCAGUGUUUAAGCUCAUCAGAAUCACUUAAAUCAUUAUGCACUUCGGAAUAUGAAGUCAAAAGCUAUCAUGAUUUCGGUGAAGAUUUCUUAAAAAGAUUUGAAGAUAGAUAUACUUUCAGUGAUUCAUCGAAUUUAACUGAACAAACGAUCUACCUGUACUGUUCAACAUGCAGUCAGAUUUUCGUAUGUAAAAAUCCUGAUGAAUUACAACGGUUAAAUGCUACUGAAUCUGAUUUAUUUUCAUCUACUUACUACUUUACCUCCGAUGAUGAAGAUAUCGGAGAUGAAUCUGUCUCUGAAGCAUCACUUCCAUCAUCCACUGAAUAUUUGAACCCAGCAUACGAAUGGAUUAAAUCGUCUCGGUCUUGUUCUGCACCACCAAUAUUGUGUUCAGUGACCAAACAUAAGUACAAUAAUCAAAACAAAUAG